GCGCGAGUUGUCACGUGACAUUUCCAUCCAGCAGUUCGGUGGGAUUUAUGUAAAUGGUGAGUGCGAUGCUUUACUGAUGGAGUUUGAUUUCUGAUAAAGAUGCUUGAUAUCUUCAACAUGUUUUUGGAGAACAAAAGAAGAGUAACACAUACCCAAUUGGAUUAACAAGUGAAAGAAUAUUGUUCAUAUUUGUAAGGUGAUCUAAUUAAAUCGUAACCUUUUGAUUUGAAAUGUGUAAAACUCGGGGUAAAUAUAUGGAGCUUCUCCUGUUGAAUUCAUAGGAGCUAAUUAAUGCUCUUAUUAAAGUGCGACAGAACACCCAUUGGAUGGUUUCAAAUGAAAAUGGAUCAGCAAUGUUAUUACGAAAAUAAAACCGGCUUGAUUAUUAAUAACUUAAUACAAUGCAAAAAGCCAUGAGCCAUGCAUUAUGUGUGGGGGUUUUCGGUGAUUGGUAACUCCGCAUUGUGGAUGAAAUACUUGUGUUAUUAUUUGGCUUGAUCGAAUGUGCUUUCUGACGUUUUCUUAGUGGAGUAUGGGAAACAGGUGUGGCCGAAAAGAAGCUGAUGUGGAUUCAGCAUGGCAACAGCAGAACAAGGAGUUUGCGACAAACCCUGUGUACAAAUACGUAAAUUUUGCCGGUGGCGGGAAGUUGAUAGAUGCGUACAAGACAGGGGGAACUGAAGCAGUUGAGAAAAUUGCAAAAACGGAGAUUCUACCGUUUUUGUACAAUAACGGAAAUGGUGCUAUUAUUACUAGGUUGGAUCACAUAAAAUGGCAAUGCCGUAUGCAGGCUAAAUUUACGGGUUCAACAGUGUGGGAGACUCGAACAGACGAACAGCUGCUGAAUGAGUAUAAAGAGGACUACUUCAACAAAGUGGUCCCUCACGAGGCAUGCUGGGACCUAAACAAGAGGGGAGGGGUCGGGGAAACUCCAUUCCAGAUCCUCUAUCUGGUGGACUCGCCCGCGCAUCAUGCUGUGGGGGAAAUCCUCCUCCGACUCUAUCCUAAACUCAGCCUGGACGUGUAUGAAGGGGAGGAAUAUUUUGGGGAGAGUGCCCUGCAUAUAGCCAUUGUGUUUGGUUGUCUAGAUGCUGUCAAACUUCUUAUUGAAAAAGGUGCUAAAAUAGACCAGCGAAGCACGGGGCGAUUCUUCCUGCCUGAAGACCAGAAGAAGGGCCAUACAAAGACUACAAAUUAUGAAGGAUAUGCAUACUACGGGGAAUACCCUAUACACUUCGCGGCAGCCACGGGAAACCAGGAAAUUUACGACUACCUCAUAGAUCAUGGAGCGAAUCCGAACGCCCAGGAUACGUUUGGAAACACUGCUCUUCAUAUGGUGGUUAUCUGCAAUCAAGUGGAAAUGUAUAAAUACAUUGUGAGACAUCACAAGCUUCCCGCCAAAACGGACAUCAAGAACAACGUGAACCUGACCCCCCUGACCCUCGCCAGUAAGCUGGGACGGCACACCAUCUUCAAGGAGAUGCUGGAGCUAGGGAGUCUGGAGCUGUGGCGUUACAGUAACAUCACCUGUUCCCUGUACCCUUUACUGGCUCUGGACUCCAUAGGACCAACAGGAGACACAAACUGGAAUUCUGCUCUAAUGAUCAUCAUUAAUGGCGAGAAUGACGACCAUCUUGAGAUGUUGGAGGGUGGAGUCAUGAGACAACUGCUCGAUGAAAAAUGGAAGGCAUUCGCCAGGAGGCGGUUUUUUGUGCGGUUAUUUCUAGCACUAAUACAGCUGAUCUUAAUAAGUGUAGCAGUGUACUUGCGACCCAAAACAAAUCUUCUUGCCGUAAAUAGUUAUACAGAUGUUAUUCGUUUUGUUUGUGAGAUUUUAACGUGUAUAGGAUGUUCCAUAACGUUAGUGGCGGACAUCUUUGAAAUCAUUACUCAGGGAGUUUUUAGUUUCUUAAAAAAUUGUAAAAAUGCGCCAGCGCAGACACUGUUCAUGAUAUCGUGCACUCUGUUCCUGGCCUGUGUACCGUUCCGGUUCCUGGAGAUGAAGCAGGUGGAGGACGUCCUGAUGAUAAUAGCGGUGCCUUGUGCAUGGCUUUUCCUACUGUUCUUUGCCAGAACCUUUAAACUAACAGGACCUUUUGUCACAAUGAUCUACAAAAUGUUGCUAGGUGAUCUCCUGCGAUUUGGCAUUAUUUAUGUAAUUUUCCUCACUGGAUUCACACAAGCCUUUUACUUCCUGUUUCGGGGAAAUACCAGUACCCAGAGCCAAGGGUUCGACGACAUUGGUGACACAGUCCUGACCCUCUUCCAAAUGACCUUGGGCGAAUUUAAGUUUAGCCGCGGAGGAACUUCAUCACAGUACCAGGAUUUCAAUUACACCAAAUACUCUGCACUGACAAAGAUUGUAUUCGCCAUCUUCAUGAUGUUGGUGCCCAUUCUGCUACUGAACAUGUUGAUUGCCAUGAUGGGUAACACUUAUCAAAUGGUCAUUGCCAAAUCAGAAAAGGAAUGGAGAAAACAGUGGGCAAAGAUAGUGGUUGUUUUGGAGAGAGGCUUUUCCAGGAACCAGUUACUGGAGUUCCAGAAGAUGUACGCCAUCAAGAUGAUGGGUCCCCCCAAGGAAAACCUGGCCGAGAUAACGGAGCAGGUGGAGGAACAGCGAGGUCUGAUGGUCAUCAAAACAUCCAGCAAGACCAAGGCCCGGCAACGGAAGGGAGCCAUCUCCAACUGGAAGAUCAAAACAUUUGGACCAGUAUGGUGCACAGAAGAGGAUGUCAUGUUAUUUGGGAAAGAAAUCAUCAAACAGCUAAAGAAGCACAAAAACAAAGGAAGGAAAGAACCAUUUAAACUGGGUAAAAUCAAGCGCAAGAGAAAACCUUCUUUUAACGAGUCAGAUUAUUCCAGUGAUGAAGAUGAAAAAGCAAAAAUGUUUUCCAAGACAUUGCAACAGUUGGCAUGGGAACGAGAUAUUGACCUCACCAAGGGUAAAACUUUUGUGACAGAUCCCAAUUUGAUAGAGAAGUUAUCUCCAUACAUCAAAAAGGAGGAUCUUAGCAAACCUCCUGCUGUCCCCAAUCAUCAUAGCCCCGCAAAUUCUAACAAUAAUAACUCUCCAACCCCCAAUCACGUUCCAAAUGGAGUCAAGCAUAGGGGACCAGGGGAAAGAACUGUGAAAAAGCCAGCAGGAACUCCAAAAGCUGCCACAACUAAACAGUUUAGUUAUAACAGGGUCUCACCCCUAACACUUACCAAACAACCUUCCCCAGCGGAAGAGUCGGGUAGUGAUUGGGAAGGUUCGAAACCUAGUCGUAGUGUGUUAAAGGGUAUGUCAGUGACUGAUAUUUCUCUGCAUGGCAUAGACUCUGCAAAGAGCAGCUAUCGCAAAAUGUUUCUAGAAGAGUCUAGACAGACUAAAGACAUCCAAAAACUACCUACGGAAGAAGUGCCAAAUGUUGCUUUUAAGCAAGGAUAUGCAAGUUCAAAGUCAGGCAGUGUCAAAUCGGACAAGUCAAAGUCUGACUCGGAGUACAAACCUAGUUUUUAUUCAAAGUCUGAGGAUGGAUACACAAGUCAAGGGAGUGUAGAAUCUUCAAGGGCAUCGAGGGUAUCAAAAAGUUCUUCUAGAACAUCUAGACAUUCCCAAAGGUCAACCACGACUACAACGGAUGAGACUUCCACAUCCACAGCUACUAAGUCCUCAAAAGGAGGAGCAGACUGUUCUCUACAGGAAGUAGACUCUGAAACCGAGGACACGUCACAUAUAUCAAAGAUCAGUUCUUCUCGGCAGGAAACAGAACAUGAAACUAGUGAGUCAUCCGCCAAGCCACCAAGACCCUCCCAUACACCAGAGGAGGAAGGGUCGCCAAAGAAACACAAGCACAAACGGAAAAAAAGCAAAAAGAGUCGACACGGUAGUCAGGCUUCAUCUUCAACUUCUCUAGUGAACUCUAUGGAGAAUGAGGACCAUGAAAGUGAAGUUUGAAGGGAUGUGUUAAUGAAAAUAUAAUGGAGGCCUUGUGUAUAAUGCAAAUGAUUUGUUAUGUUAAUAAGCAUGAUAAGCUUGUCUUUGCUUUUUUUUAAACUGGUGACAGGUGUUUGUACACAAACACAAUCACGAUAGGAGGAACGUUGCUUGAAAAAGUGUCUAAGGAAAAACUGUUUGUGCAUUCUUUGUAACAGAAGCACAUUGAUGGUAUGCAUUUCACUAUUUUUUAAAUUUAUGCAAGUGUUGAUUGAUUUUGCAACAGGAAUAAAUUGAAUGACAUGCUUGAUACAUGAAGACUUUUCAGUUCAAUUUAGAAGAAGGGCAUUGCAGACGAUCUAUUUAUUUUACAAGAGAAGUCAAAGUAGAGAGUAACUAACUUGAGUGCUUUUUUUUGCGUUUCGGUUUACAAUUUCGUAAUUUCAUUUGAUAAGAUCCAACUAAAUCCUUAUGAACUAUAUUUAAGAAACACCUAUGGAAAACAUCAUUUACCACCUAUUCUGAAUCUUAUGUUCGAUGGAACUGCUAAAAUCAGAAAUAAUGAACAUAUUUAAAGCUGAUACAUGAUCUUCAUGCUAUUAUUAACAUUAAUUUAUUGGUUUGGUUUAAGUGUGACUGGAGUUUUAAUUAUUUUUUUCAAUGGAGAGAAUUCAUUAAGACAGAGCACAGUUUGUUUCAUAUUCUUACGGUAUUUCUUGCACACGAUUCUGAUAUUUUUUGAGAUUUGUUUUAAGAAAGGGUACACUAUCAAGGGUACAAUAUUGCUGCGUUGCCUUAUGUUUUCAAGCAACACAUUUUUAAUAAGUUUUUUUAAAUGUAAAAGUAAUCCGUUGGUCUGUUUUUUUUCUUUACGUUUUCAUGGAUGUAUUUGUUGUAAACUUGUAAUUAACUAUGGUUACGAUUUGUUUGCUCUUUUAAUGUGGGUAAUUUGUAUUAAAGAGUACUUGUAUCAAAAUGAUCAAAAGCCAAAAAAUUAUUCAAGAUUAAUCAAUGACAAUGUGACUUGCUGAAGUAAUAAAAAAAUACUAUCAAAUGGAAAAUUUAAACCUUCAAGUCUCGUUUGGACAAACCAGAUACUAAGAUGCUUGAAAUAUGAUAAGUACAUACAUCAUAUAAUUAUUUAUCAUUAUGUGUAUGGAGAAAGAAAAAAAAUUCAGUGUAUGUAGUCACAGCUUAAAAUAUCCCAUUCGGGUCAACUUGCAGAACUUUUAUUUUGCGUUUUUUAACUGUAUUCUAGCGCUCUUUCAUUUCAAAAGGAAGAAAAUAAGUUCGUGUAUAAAUAUGAGCAGGCCGUGGAGUUGAAAACAUAUUAGAUGACGUUUAUAUCAAAUAUCCAUGACAAGAAGCUGUUCUAAGGUUGAUAUUAUGUUCUACAUAAAAUAAUGUUAGAUAGUGCCAAACUGUGUUAUGUCCCUUUGUGAUAUUCAUUCAUUCAUGGUUUUUUUCCGUUAACUUCAAACAAUGUACAUUCCUUUCUUCGUAUGGAAUAUUAACAUUUUCAUAAAAUGACACAAACUUCGAGAAAAAAAAAAUAAAAUAGAAAAAUAAUGUUUUGAAACCCUUGCUGUAGAAAAUUGAUAUACUCACUCUUAUUAUUUAUAUCCAAAUUCCGUCCAUUAUGAAAUUUCUCUCAUAAUGUGUGCAAUAAAUAGAUAUGAAAUUUCAUGAAAUAAAUCAUCAAAACAGUGCUUAUUAGUAAAAUAUCAUAAUGAUAUGCAUUGUCAAUUUUUACGUAUCAUGAUUUAAUGUAAUCUGUGUCCAUUUUAUUAUUUUGAUAAUUGUCAUCUUUGUAUACAGAUUAAUUCCCCCUCUUUCUGUGAUUGAUUAAUUUUUGAGUGAUUUUAUUUUUUUAUAUAUGUAAAUGAAUGUGAUAAUUUAUCCCUGUGAUUUUAUUCAACUCUUGUUAACAAUGAAAACAACAAUUUAAAUUGUGUAUAAAAGGCAAUUUCAAAUUAUUAAUCAUUCUGUAAAUACCGUAGAUAAAAAUCUUCUGUCAAAAUCUACUGUGAAAAGUGAAACGAUUCUUUAGAGAAAUUUUAUUUCUGCAAAUUGUUAUCUUUUGAAUUAUGUUGAUAUAAGAAUAUUUAUGUAUCCAAAAUGCAUUUGAUAAAAAUGAUACGAAGACCUUAAUUUUUAUGCUGAAAGAAUGAGAUUUAGAAUUUUUUCUAUUUUUUAAUUGAUAAUAUAUUUUUUUAAAUUACAAAUAAUAUUAAUUUAAUAAUAUUAUAAAGUUAUUUCAUUCAAAUUCAAGCCGCACUAUACCUUUUGUUGGACAGUUGAACGCUUUGGCAUUAAUUGUUAUAAAUGUUUGAAAACAUAAAAAUGGAGUAAAGAUGCCAAGUACUGGCAUCAAAUGCAUUAUUUUAUAUGUAUGUACGAUGAUAGGCGGUACAUAUUUGUUGAUGUUAUUUUUGUACAACCCUGUAACUGUGUCUAGGAUCUUCCAUUGUAAUAACACUACACUGUUUGUUGGCAUCAGGCUUCUCUAUAUGAUUAGACAAAAGUACUUGUUCUGUUGUAUAAAUGAUUUCAUUUGAUAAAUAAAUCUUAACAAA